AUGGGCGCAGGACAGUCGAAACCCGACGAGUCGACCAAGCAUGUUUUCGCAAGCGAUACACCCAUUCAGUUCUCCCAGGAGCUGAUUGACUCCCUUCAAGCAUCUUCAGAAACAAACUCCACACGCGCAAAGACCUUAGAGUUACAUAUCCAGCAGCGCGUAGCAGAAGAGCUGGAAAAGAUCAAAAAGCACGAGUCCGAGGCGCUCGAGGCAAUCCGGAAGAAAAUCGCAGAGGAAUCACCCUCAGGCUCAAGCUCGAUAUCACCCAAAGAUUUGAUCCCGGGCGUUAAGAACGAUGACGAACAGAAGCGAAAAGCUCAAUCGAGUCAGAAGGUACAACAAGAGAUUGAAAAACUCAAGCAACAGCUGGGACAGCGGAAGACCUUAAAGGAGCUACCAAAGGAAGUAGAGAAUGCGAGACAAGACGUUAUCUCCUGUCUACGAAUAAACGACCGGAAGCCCCUCGACUGUUGGAAGGAGGUCGAGAUCUUCAAGCGGGAGGUGCGGAAACUGGAAGAGAACUACGUUUCCUCUGUGCUCUAA